AUGGCUCUGAAUAAUCCCAACCCACUGGGACCAUGGAAGAUCACAGUUUAUGACCAGGAGAACUUCCAGGGGAAGCGUUUGGAAUUUACCUCAGCCUGCCAGAACAUCAUGGAGUGUGGCGUUGACAACAUCCGCUCCCUGAAGGUGGAGUGUGGCGCCUGGGCAGGAUAUGAGCACUCCAGCUUCUGUGGACAGCAGUUUGUGUUGGAGAGAGGAGAGUAUCCUCACUGGGAGUCGUGGAGCGGCAGCAACGCCUACCACAUUGAGAGGAUGAUGUCCUUCCGCCCCAUCUGCUCUGCUAAUCACAAGGAGUCUAAGAUGAUUUUGUUUGAGAAGGAGAACUUCAUGGGACGGCAGUGGGAGAUCAAUGAUGACUACGCCUCUCUGCAGGCCAUGGGCUGGGGCAACAACGAGAUUGGGUCUAUGCAAAUUCAGAGUGGCUCCUGGGUGUGCUACCAGUUUCCAGGUUACCGUGGUUACCAGUACAUCAUGGAGUGUGAUCGACAUGGCGGCGAGUACAAACAUUACAGAGAGUGGGGCUCCCAUGCUCAGUCCUUCCAAGUGCAGUCGCUGCGUCGGAUCCAGCAGUGA